AUGACAUCAAUAAGCGUAUUUCAUUGUGAAGAGCAGUAUAAUAAAACUGAUUAUAUUGAUGAUAACCACUCCGAUGAUAGUCUCUUAUUAAUGGCUGAUGGCAUCGAAGAAAAGUCACCCUUAUUAGGUAUCACUAAUAAUGGUUUUGUAAGUGGUGAACAAGUUUUAUCAAAUGAUAUACCUCUUCAAACACGAGCAUCAAGAUUACAUUGUCAUGUACCAGAUGAUAAAUUUGAUCAUAAUGCACGAAAUCGUCUUAUCGCUGUUUUUAUUCUUUGUUUUAUUUUUAUGAUUAUUGAGCUUGUUGGUGGUGUCAUUUCGAAUUCAACUGCAAUAGCAACUGAUGCAGCACAUAUGUGUAUUGAUGCAGCCGGUUUUCUUAUAUCAUUAGCAGCCAUAUAUUUGGGUGCAAAACGACCAACAGAAAAACUUUCAUAUGGUUAUUUUCGAGCAGAGGUUCUUGGAGCACUUCUAAGUGUAUUGACUAUAUGGUUAGCUACUGGUAUUCUUGUUUAUAUGGCAAUUGAACGUUGUAUUAAUCGAAAUUUUGAAGUAAAAACAACUGAAAUGAUAGUCGUUGCUGCAUGUGGUGUUGUUUUCAAUAUAAUAAUGUUUUUUAUCUUACAUGCUGAUAUAUGUACUCAUGCAAUUCCUCAUCACGGACAUACUCAUACUCAUAACCAUAGUCACUCACAUGAAAAUUCACCAUCAGUAAUUCAUAUUGAAUCUGAACAUCAUCAUGAUGCAACUUCUAAACAAACAAAAUCAUCAAAAAAUAUCAAUGUUCGAGCGGCUAUUAUUCAUGUUAUUGGUGAUUUUGUUCAAAGUGUUGGUGUUCUAGUUGCUGCUAUAAUUAUUAAAUUUAAACCUGAAUAUAAAUUAGCUGAUCCAAUAUGUACUUUUAUAUUCUCAGUAUUAGUUCUUAUUACAACAUUUACUAUAAUGUAUGAUAUUGUUUUUGUUCUUAUGGAAGCUGUUCCAUCAAAUAUCAAUUAUGGACAAAUUAUUGAUGAUCUUCGUCAUUUGAGAGGUGUUCGUAAUAUACAUAGUUUACAUAUUUGGUCAUUAUCAACGCAAAAAACAGCAUUAUCAGUUCAUUUAGCAAUAGAUAGUGAUCAGGAUUUUUUAACAGUCUUAAAUGAAGCUCAAGAUAUACUUCGUCAUAAACAUUUGAUAACAAGAGUUACAAUUCAAGUUGAACCAUAUGAAGAACAUAUAAUGAAUUCAUGUGAAAAUUGUCGUCGACCAGACAGUUAA